AUGGGAUUUUUCCAAAUUAUUAUUUAUAAGUGGAAGAUAUCUAAAGAGAGAAUAUCUUCUCGAGGUCCAGACAAUUUACUCGAAAAAUCUGUCUCUCUCUCUGAUGAUUUCUCUGGAUAUUUUGCUGCGAGUGUAUUAUGGACUCAGGGUUCAAAAUUAACGGUCCAGCCCUCCAUCGACGAAGAGGGCAAUAUUUUAUUAUGGAACGGGGACAUUUUUUCUGGAAGUCUUGUAGGAACCAACAACGAAAGCGACACUCUGAUUGUCCUUAAAGCUUUUAAAUCAACCGGUGUUGAAUCCACUCUUCUGCAGAUAAAAGGACCCUACAGUUUCGUUUAUUUUCAAAAAUCGACGGAAUUUUUAUACUUUGGACGAGACUUGCUUGGAAGACACAGUUUAUUAAUAAACUUCAAUCAAGUCGAUAAUUGUUUAACACUCGCGUCAGUUACUUCCAGAAAAUUCAAAAACACAAUAGAAUUGCCUGCGAUUGGAAUUUUCGUCCUCAAAUUAUCCGAAGAUUUUAAUCUCGCCUGUUUUCCUUGGCGAAAUCGGAACGAAAAUUUUGAUGAGAAUUUUAAAAAGUUAGAAAAUCUCUUAAAUAUUGAUAUAAAAAUAGGAGAUGUUCUCUCUCCAAUUCGAGAAAAAUCCUUUGAUCCAAGUUCUCCUGAUCUGAAAUAUUUUCAUGACGAUUCUCUCGAUUUUCGAAAUUUUGAGCAAGUCAUGGAGUCGCUUUUGGAGAGGAGAGAAAUUUACGAGAGAGUGGAAAAAUUAGAGAGUCUUUUGAAUGAUUCAGUGAAAGCAAGGGUCGAGAAACAGCCUUCCUUUUGCAAGAAUUGCAUUAAAUUAUUUUUAAAGGGAGAAGAAAUUCAAUGCGAGCAUGCGAAAAUCGCGAUUCUAUUUUCUGGAGGUUUAGACUCUUCUAUUUUGUCAGUUGUCGCGGAUAAAUUCGUUAAUGAGAACGAGAGCAUUGAUUUGAUUAAUGUCGCUUUUGAAAAAGCGAUGACAAAUUCAAAGAAUUCGAGAAAUCAGGAUGAGAUUUAUAAUGUUCCGGAUAGGAAAACUGGAAGGCUAAGUUAUUCCGAAUUGGAAUCAAUUUGUCCUAAGAGAAAUUGGAAUUUUAUUGAGACAGACAAAAUGAGGAUCCUUCCUACUCUGGUUCUGCCACUGGCGGUCAUCCUUAAUUCUCUUGAAGAAGCGAUUGCUGGAGUGGUCGAAGGAAAACCCUCACAGAGUGGGGAAAAUCUCCAGAAUCUAUUCCCUCCACUUAAGACUACAUUCUCUCGCUUUGCGUUCAGCGACUCAGAUGUGCGCGCGUGUCGAAAUAGGCGAUUCACGCCGCGCUUUGCAGCCUAA